CCCUUUAAGCGCGGGCGGUGGGGGCGGGGCCGCCCUGCGGACGUGGCGGCGCGGCCGCCAUUCCGGCGGCCAUGAGGAGCGGCGGCAGAGCCCCCCGCGGAGAAUGGCCGGCAGGGGCGCCGGCCGCGGCCUGCAGCCGCCUGCGGUGUCGCCGCCGCCUGUCAGCGGGCACCUGUUCCCCUUCGUGAGCGCGGCGGAGGGCGAAGGCCCGGAGGAGGAGGGCGAGGUGUCGGAGCUGCGGCCCCGAGGCAGGGAGAAGGUGCGGAGGAGCGCGUCAAGGGACCGGCUGGACGACAUCGUGCUGCUGAGCAGGGAUAUCCAGGAGGGGGACACGCUGAACGCCAUCGCGCUGCAGUUCUGCUGCUCGGUUGCAGAUAUCAAGAGAGUUAACAAUCUUAUCAAUGAUCAAGAUUUUUUUGCCCUGAGAUCUAUCAAAAUUCCAGUGAAAAAGUUCAGUGUGUUGACUGAAACACAUGUCACUCCAAAAGGAAGACCAGUCCUUCGGCCUGCUCACUGUUCUCCAGAAGUGCAGGAAGCGUCACCUUCUGAUAAAUUCCCUGCUAAUGAGACUGCUGGCAACUUCUUAAAAGAACUGGAUCGAGAUAUAGAAGAAAUAGUGAAGUGUAAUGAUACAAAGAGAGAAAAUCUUAAUGAAGUUGUUUCUGCCUUAGCAGCCCAACAGAUCUGCUUUGAAACUGAUGGUAAAACUAAAAAAUGCAAGGAUCCUUACUAUGGAGCAGACUGGGGUAUAGGAUGGUGGACAGCUGUUGUGAUUAUGUUGAUUAUUGGCAUAGUAACUCCAGUUUUUUAUCUCCUGUAUUACGAAGUUCUAGUGAAAGCAGAUGUCAGUCACCAUUCGACAAUGGAAUCUUCCAACGUGUUUGUCACAGCAGCAUCGCAUCCGAAACAAAUAGAAAAUGGAAUUAAUCCAGCGAGUAUUAUAAAUGUUGAUAAUCAAGGAGACCUUCAGCCUUAACAGCGGGAAACCCCAGGCAACCGUUAUCCAUAGACACAUAACCUAGCAUUAGAUAAAGGGGAAACCACAGAACACAAAAUACGUAUGGAAAGCGGAGAAAACGUGUACUGAUGUGUGACUUGCCUUUUUGGGCAGUGUUCCACUUCAAGGAUAUUUCUGUGGAUCAUGUAAUCUCUGAAUAUGCCUGACACAGGAGAUUUUAAUGCAAGAUUGGGAUAUCAAGGUAUAAAACUGUCUCUGAAGCUUUGCACUUUUUUCUAUUUUGAUAGGCAUAUGUUUUUUUAAUUAAUGAUGAGAUGAAAAAAUGUAGUUUGAACUAACAGAUGAAAAGUCUCACUGUACCUUUUACAGCCCUAAAAUGGGCAUUUGGGGAUAUCUAACUUUUAAACAUCUUGAAGUAUUUAUAGAUUGCAUAGCACACUUGACAUUUUAAUAUCGGGUUUACAGUUGUCAGUUAAAACUGCGUUUUCAUAAUGCUAUCUUUUGUAUAGAGUAAGAUUUUUUUAAAACCAAAUCAUUCCAUAAUUAAUUGCCACUGCGAAGUUCUUUUUUAAAAGUGACUUUUAUAGAGGCAGUAGCUAAUACUUAAGCUGGAAUCUUCAAAUCUUGUGCCUGUGGUUUAUUCAUUUUUCAGUACUUUUCAGUAUAGGCAGUAAGAUUAUUUGUGACACUGUGCCUCAACACAGUCCAGCUGAGAGUCUUGCUGAUCCUUCCAUGGCAUCCUACUGAAAACUGACUGGGCUGCACUUCUCAUCUGGUCAGCUGUGUAUAGAAUGAAAGAAGUGCAGAUGUGUGGCACUUUGCUGUGAUGGCUUCAGUAGUCUUUAUUUUAUGCUAGAGGAUUUUUUUUUUCCACCUCCAGUUAAUCUCAGUUCAGGACCAACUGAUUAUUCAGACAGCAGUUCCUUGGGUACUAACUGUGCUAAUGGUUUUGUGCCCAUUAACCUCAAACACUAACUUUUUUCUGUAAUCUCCUAGAGAACUUCAAAUGAGAUUUAGUGACUGCUAGCAACACACUGAAAUUGCAGCAGAACAGACCAGGUGGAGCUUUAGACUUGGUUCUUUAUGCAGUAGUGUAUUCAUUAACCACUCUGUUCUUGGAUGAUUCACUUGGGCUUUCCUGAACAACUUUGUUUUUCCUUUCUUUUCUUGACACGAAAAUGCUACAAGAUAAACAAACAAACAAAAACCUGGACUUCUCCUACAGAAAAAAUGAGGUACUUGUGUACUCAGAAUAUUUUUAAGUAAAAACUGAGAUGCUGCCUGCUAUUUUUUGUUUGUUUGUUUUGUUUGCCUUGUGUAGUAAGAUUUACAAUGCCCUGUUCAAAAUACCAGUUGUUAUCAAAGCCUAAGAUAAUAGAAUACAACUUAUAAUCAGUGCCCUUUAAACCAUUAUAAGCUUUCCUUUGAGCGUCUUGACUAAGUAUAUUCCUUAUGAAGAAAUCUGAUAAAGUGAAUGUUUUGUAACUAUUUGAGCUAUUCCAAAGUGCUUUCUUAACUUACAUUUUAAAAGACUUGUGCCCCAUCUAUUGCCCCAAGAAGUGGGGUAAAUACUCUUCACUGCCAUGCCAGUGUAUGGACAUGAAUUAGAUAACUUUUAAUGUAUUCUAUUGAAAUUGAAGCAGGCCAAAGCUUGCAGGGAAAUGCUGUACUUGGAUCUGUGAUCUGUGGCUCUUGAACCCUUUGUUCAAAGUGGCAUCUGUGGAGACAGUGAGACUGCUCAUAGUUCCCACAUAGAAGAGGGAUUGCAAACAGGCACGAAUGUCAUGUUUCACUUAAUGCUUGCUUUCAGAGGUCUUUUAAAAUAAUAGUUGUUCCCAUUAAAAGAACAUGCCAAUAACAGAGGCAUGAAUACUCAAGUACCCAUUCUGCCUAAGGCUGUAUGACAAACUGCAUUGCAAAAUACUUUAUGGUGGCUAAUGUGAAACCACUUCUAUGGCUUGAACUUUAAAAGGUGACUUGCUCUAGUCCAGAUAACAGAGUUUUGGCACAUAGACAAAUUAUUUUUAUGUAGGAUUGAAACUUGGUACAUAACGCAUCAGUUUUUUGCUGCAAGCUUGUUCCUGAUUUGCUUCUUUCCCCUUCUGUUUCUGAAGCCUCAAUAUUUUUAAUAUUUGUCCUUCCAUUUUUUAUGAAGUUCUGAAAGAACAUGAAAUUAGCUAUUGUGAUGAUGCAACAUAAGCCUAAUUUACUGUACAUACCUGAACUGAUGGGUAUUAAAUUGCCAUCGGUACAGAAUUGAACUCAACAUCAGCUGUGGUUUGACUUGGUCAGGAAGGUCUUUGCUGUUGAUGUAUGAGUAAAGAGAUCAAUGGUUAACAGCUGUUUUUUGUCCUGUGGUGGUACAGCCAAAUAGUUCUUCAGUGUAUCUCAGGCUCUGGGCUUUCACAGCGUUGGAUGGCCUGUGGCUGAUUGUCACAGAGUUAAGCCUGACGGGCCUUUAUUUAGUCAUGAGAAAAACACAAAGGGGUAGCAGUUUUAUUGUACCAUGUUACACUCUAACCAAGAGCCCUGUGUGCUUCUACCAUUUUAUGAUGUAGCAUAUUUCAUACAGCUUGUUUUUAAUCUAGAGAGCUGACUUUAUCUGAAGAUACAGUAGGUCUCUUUCCAAGAUUGUAGGACUGCCAGUACUGGUAAUCUGCAGGCAUCAGCUGCUUGGCUUUCUGCAGGAUGCAGGGAUCUUUACUGUUUUCUUCUGAAGCACAACACAGCUGGCAAUGCAUCAUCACAUGUCAGCCCUGAGUAAACACGGUAACUGCUCUGUAUGGAACUUAAAUCUGAUCUAAAUUAAAAAUCUGUAAAGUUAAUCUUUUAGAAACUGACUUGUUUAUAACAAAACAAACAAACCCCAAACAGAACUGAGUGGUAAAUCAUGUUUUAGAUGAAUUACAACACACUGUUGAUCAGGGAGUUGGUUUUCAAUUGAAGUGCAUAUUGCACUGUUGGAUCAUAUAAAAUGUAAAUGUGUUAAAUCUGCUAUAUUUUGGGCUAUGUUGUCACAAAUAGUCUUUGUAUGACUACUUUAUAAAGGCUGAAAAUGUAACUUUGUAAAAUAAUCCUGAACGAGGACGCAAGUCUUAUUUUAAAUACUUCUGCUCCUCUGCUUUUAGAAGAACUUAAGUAAUAUAAGUAAAAUAAAGAUUUUAUUUUAGACUGCA